AUGAAAAUAAGUAUUGCACUUUUUGCGUUUUCCGCCGCCCAAGAGUUUGAAACAGAAGCUCAGAGGGUUGACACACAGCCAUCUUUAUUCGAUAUUUUGAUCGCUCAGAAAACAGGCCUUCAAUUAUUCCAAAUUUAUGGAAAAAUUUCUGAAAGCAUUUUCGCCGAACAAGUAGAGAAAAAUACAAUGAAAAGAAGAGGUCCUCGAUUGUUGAAUAAAUUUGUGGAACUCAAGAAUUUCGCCACCAAAGCUUUCGCAGAAUGCCAAGAAGAUCCAGUUUGCCUGGAGUCUUGCUACGACCAAUUGAUGGAACCAAAUGGAGACCCUCUUCCGAAAACCAGCGGCGAAAUUCUAUCCCGCUUCGCCUCGGUCUCAGACUGUCUCACAACUCAACGAUUGAGAAACAAAAUUACCCGCAAAUCAAAUCGACUUGCUGAGAAAUUUUUAUCUGAAGUCUCGAAUUAA